CAGACGAGGGCAGCGCUUCCCCUUCGGAGACGGCGUGAGCCGCGGUCGCCUGAAGUUCCCUGGAGCUCGGGAGUUCGGAGCGGAGGCGCCAGCAUCCCACACCUCGCUAAACGCUUCCUGGAGAUCGCUCCGGCCGGGAUGGGCGGCAGGACCUGGCUGCCGUUCCCAGUGCUCUUCCUGGCCGCUCUGCCCCCAGCGCUGCUGCCGGGGGCGGCCGGCUUCAAGCCCUCCUUGGACAGCGACUUCACCUUCACGCUCCCGGCCGGCCAGAAGGAGUGCUUCUACCAGCCUAUGCCCCUGAAGGCCUCGCUGGAGAUCGAGUACCAGGUUUUAGAUGGAGCAGGAUUAGAUAUUGAUUUCCAUCUUACCUCCCCAGAGGGCAGAACCUUAGUUUUUGAGCAAAGAAAAUCAGAUGGUGUUCACACUGUGGAGACUGAAGUUGGUGACUACAUGUUCUGCUUUGAUAAUACAUUUAGCACCAUUUCUGAGAAGGUAAUUUUUUUUGAAUUGAUCCUGGAUAACAUGGGAGAAGAAGCUCAGGAACAAGAAGACUGGAAAAAAUAUAUUUCUGACACGGAUGUGCUGGAGAUGAAGCUAGAGGAUAUCCUGGAGUCCAUCAACAGCAUCAAGUCCAGACUGAGCAAAAGUGGCCAAAUACAAACUCUGCUUAGAGCAUUUGAAGCUCGUGAUCGAAACAUACAAGAAAGCAACUUUGACAGAGUCAACUUCUGGUCCGUAGUGAAUUUGAUGGUCAUGGUGGUAGUGUCAGGCAUUCAGGUUUAUAUGCUGAAAAGUCUGUUUGAAGACAAGAGGAAAAGUAGAACUUAAAACUCCAACAUAGAUUACUUAACAUUGGAGAAAAAAAGAGGUAGAAAAUUCUAAUACACUGUUACAGUCAAGAUCAUUAGUAGUCGUUUCCAUAACAUUUUCAGAAAUUAAGUAUAAGAUAUGUAAAAUUUACUACAGAAAAUUAUUGUAUAUCCAGAUAACUUUACUGACCCAGUUAUACACUUAAAUGUGUAUAACAGGAUAUCAUAUAUAAUUUAAAUUUGAUUGGAGCAAUUAGCAUUUUUUAGGUAUAAAAAUCUCUCCCAAAUAUGUAUAAAUUAAAUAAAUGAACAGUAUCCAUAAGCACACCACCAGUUUGCUUUUACACAGAACUUUCUCUGUAAAUUGGCUGGUACAAAGUAAUUUAUAAAGUUUGCAAAUCAUUUGAGGUUUUUAUAAUUAUGGACUGAAUAAGUCAGCUUUCCUCUAUUACAUCUUUCCAAAAAAAGUAAAUAUAUGUAUACCACUGAAAGGCUUUCUUUGUAUUGCCCUUAUCCUGGAACUAGCUCUGUAGACCAGUUCGGUCUCAAACACUGAGAUCCACCUUCCUCCUUCUGAGUACUGGGAUUAAAAGUAUGUGCCACUACUGCCCAGAUAUUUUUAAGAAUUUUAUAACCAAAUACAAUGUGAAACAUUAUAGAAAAGUAUUAGUUUUUAUAAACUUAGUUUGCAUUUCCAAAAACUAACAUUUUGAUAAUUAAAUUGGAAAGGCAUUCUUUCCUCAAAAAUUAGGCAAUGUCUUUCUCAUUGAAAUGACAUUAUAAAGGUUUUCUUAUGUGAAGAUAUAAAUAGGGUAGUCGAUGUUUAUGAAUAGGAUGCAUUCUGUCUAGACAUUAGCUAAGAUAAAAUUUGAGACAAAAAUGAAUGUAUUUUUAUACCACCCAUCAAAACUGUUGUAUUGGUUUCAACACAGCUAUCGGUUUUGUUUGUUGUUUGUUGGUUGGUUUUUUAUUUGGUUAUUGUUUUCCAGACAGAGUUUCUCUGUGUAGCCCUGGCUAUCCUCGAACUCACUCUGUAGACCAGGCUGCCCUCAAAUUCACAGAGAUCCACCUGCCUCUACCUCCCGAGUUCUGCCUCUCAAGUGCUGGGAUUAAAGGUGUUUCCUGGCCAGUAGCUAUUGGUUUUGAUAAUACAUUGUCACCAGCAGGUGUGAGGGACACACUGCUGAAUAGAUCUGACCUUAUGUAAAUAAAUAGCUCCUAAGUUCUCAAAAUCAUCAGAAUAUGAGGGAAAACUUAGAUAAACUUGAGGAUACCAAAUACAAAAGUUCACCUAAGUAGAACCAUAAGAUCUAGAAUCAUAUCAGCUCACCUUGCUGUCCCAAUUCUAAUAGAAAACAGAGAAGGGUAAUUUGAAGUUCACUGGAAGAAAUUAUGUUUGUCAUAGUUUUUAUUUUCUAGUUACUGUUUUCAAUUAUAAAUGUUCAGGUAGAUUUUAUAAAAUGUACAUCCUACUAUAAGAUUUAGUACUGAUUAUACAUAUUUAUUAUAGGAUUUAUUAUAAUUUUCACAAAAUUACCUAUGGUCACUUAUGACUUUGAAGGAUUAAAACAAUCCCAAAUUAUAAACAGCUAAUGUGAAUCUAAAAGCCAAUACACACAAAAACGCUGUCUUUCUAGCUUAUUAGUCUGUAGUACAAUCUUAUUCAAAUACUAGUAAUUUAAUUUCAUCAUGAAACAAUUAAAUUACACACAAUUAUAGUGUUAUGAAAAAUGUAUUGUCAAUUAGAAAUAAUGAACAAUCAAAUCUGGGUAUUGUACCCAUUAUAUAUGUUAUAUAUUGCUAUAACUCUUACUGAGCAAUAAUGAUCUUCCACUACUCUGCUAUCGCACACACACACACACACACACACAAAACAUAUGGUAGGUACUCAGAGAAAUACUUUAUUUACAGUUUAUACUCAGAAUAGUACAAAGAUAUACUGUAUUUUUCCUUCUUGGGAGAAGACUAGAGAUUUAUUUUUCCCUAUUCAGAGGCUUUUCAAAACAUGAGAUAAAUGUCAUAUAUGAUCAGUAACCGGCCAAGAAAAUGCUCCAGUAUUGUAAGCAAAACUCCUACAGCACACAGAACAAAGUGAGAUCAUGACCUAAAAGAGCCUUUUUUCCACUUUCAAGUGGAAGGGAAGCAAUCUAUAGGUACCAUAACUGAUAAAGCAGACUACACUUGAGUCUACUGUGUCUUUUCUGUAAGACUGUGAUUAAGAAUUCUACCUCUUAGAUACAGCUGAUACUGUACUGUACCUAACACUGUACUUGUUACUAACAUCAUCUUGUAUGUAUGUAAUUUGUGCCACUGAUUUUUAAAUCUAUAAUUCAGUUACUUCCUGCCAUUUAAAAUGGUAAUAGUAUCUUUAUUGAAAAAAGUAACUUACAAAUGUUAAAGAUUUUAUUUUUAUAGAUAAAAAUAAAAAGGUAUUAAGAACCAUGUUGCCUGUAUUAAUCAUAAAAAGAAAAAUUGUAAGCAAAAACCAAAAUGUUUGUUUAUUUUUAAAUGUGUAUUAUCUGCUUCACUGUAAAGACUGUAUUAAAAGUCUUUUAAUGUUACUUUCUCAAUUAUACUAAAAUCAAAUAAGCCAUCACUUGAUCUGACUUAUCUGGUUAAUUGUAUAAAUUACUACAGUAGUUUAACAGAAGUGUAGAGAUGAUCAUUCUGAGUUGCAUUUGGAUUAUGUACUCUUACCAGGUCAAUAAACGAAAGGUAAAUAAGCAUCUGAAAA